UCUUCGUGCAGUUUCCUUUUGCUAACACAACAACAGUAGUGUUAUAGGUUCAUAGCAAAUGUGUGUUUUGAUGACAUGGCUAAUAUCGUGGAUGAGAUAGAGGAAGAUGAAACCGAGUGGAAGGGCAUUUUCAUGGACUCAGCUCCACUUAGCUCUGAUGCUGCUUCUGCUUUUUCAGGCCCAGUCCUUGGUAAGACACCUGGUCCAACCUCUGCACAUAGAGUCAUUCUGCAUUUUGACCUGGACUGCUUCUAUGCACAGGUGGAAAUGAUCAGAAAUCCAGCACUGAGAGAGGUCCCUUUGGGUAUUCAGCAGAAAUACAUCAUAGUCACUUGUAACUAUGUGGCAAGAGAGCAGGGUCUCACCAAACUGAUGUCUGUGACUGAUGCAAAGGAGAAGUGUCCUCAGCUGGUGCUUGUUAACGGUGAAGACCUGACACACUACAGAGAAAUGUCCUAUAAAGUGACAGAGCUGUUGAUGUCCUACUGUCCACUGGUAGAAAGGCUCGGAUUUGAUGAAAACUUUGUGGACGUCACGGAGGUGGUAGAGAAAAGGCUAAAAGAGACAACAGCGUUGAGCAGCUUAUGUUUUAGAGGCCAUGUCUACAAUCAUUCCAGUGCAGAUUUUAAAGCGAGCGACUCCCCAAGGCUUGCUAUAGGUUCACACAUUGCAGCAGAGCUGAGAGAGAACAUCUACAGCAAACUGGGUCUGACUGGCUGUGCUGGCAUUGCCACAAACAAGCUCCUGGCCAAACUGGUGUCUGGCACCUUCAAACCCAAUCAGCAAACCACCCUGCUAUUGGAGAAUGUCAGCGACAUCAUGGGCUGCCUGAACAGUCUCCGCAAAGUACCAGGAGUGGGCCACCAAACAGCCAAAAGACUUCAAGCCCUGGGAGUGGCCAGCAUCAAGGACCUACAACUGUUCCCAUUGAAUGACUUGGUGAAGGAGUUUGGAGGUUCAAGUGCUGAGCGUUUGAAGAAUCUGGUCAUUGGCGUUGAUGACUCCCCCGUCACACCUACUGGGGCCCCUCAGUCUCUCAGUGAUGAAGAUUCUUUCAAAAAAAUGUCAUCAACUAAAGAGGUUUUGGAAAAAGUUCAACAACUCUUGAGCAGUCUGGUGGAAAGGAUGAACAAAGAUGGCAGGCAACCUCAAACCUUCCGGCUCACCAUUCGUCGAUACUCUGCGACCAACAAGUGGUUCAGUCGUGAGAGCCGGCAGUGUCCAAUUCCCAAACACAUAGGACAGACAAUCACCUCUGGCAACAGUGAUGAUGCUGUGGUUCUGCUGGUCUCACUGGCCAUGAAGCUCUUUCACAAGAUGGUCGACAGCAAUUCUUCCUUCCACCUCACGCUCAUUAACGUUUGCUUCAGUAACUUGCACAGCAGGGGAGCUGACAUGAGCAAGAAGGGCUCGAUCAUGUCUUUUUUCACACAGGGCACGUCUCCCAGGAAAACACAAAUCUGUUCACCUCAAAUCCAGAAUGAUUCCUCUCAGAGUGGGGAUAGUCACUGCAUGGAUCAUCAGUUCAGCCUGCAAAACGCGAUAACACAACUCGGGCCACCAAAGAACAUGACCACAAGAAGCCCUUGCAGCUCGGAAACAUUACAUGGGUUCAGAUGUAAACAAAGCUCCGUUGUUGUCGCAGACCCCACGCUUCAGACAGCGUGCAGCACAACAACAUCAGAUCCUGAUAACAAAACCCACAGUGUGACACAGCAAUUGCCCCCAAAUUUUGACCCAGAUGUUUUCACACAUCUCCCUGAGGACAUCCAGAAGGAACUGCUUUCUCCGGCCUACCGUCACUCUCUUCCAAGCACUUCUACCUGCUUGUCCGUACCAGGUGUAAAACCUGGUGUCCCCCAAAAGACAAAAAGUGCAUCACCGAAGCCAUUUACAGACUCACAUGUUACUGAGGACAUGAAAGACACCAUGAAUGAAUCACAUCCAUCUUACAGCGUGACUAUGUUGAAUCAGCACAGGCCUUUGGCCACAAGUACAUCUUUAGGAGAGACCAUCAUAGAGGAAGGGAGAACGCCAUUCCCCCAGUCUCUUGACUGCAAACUCCCAGGUAAUGUGGACCCUGAGGUGUUUUCUGAGCUUCCCUCAGAGGUUCAAAGGGAGCUGAUGUCUGAAUGGAAGCAGCAGAAGCCACCACUAAAGGCCCCGUCAUCCAAGAAACCGCGGAGAGACAGGAGGGCUGCAGGAAAAGGCAGUCAGGCAAACAGUCUGCUGAAAUAUUUCAAACCCAGUUAGCGAAACAAACUGACAAAUGACUUCUGCUGUGAAUAAUUUAUGACAUGACAUGUGAUGUCACAAGGCAUGUGGCAUUAUGUACUGGCAGAAUAAGAAGCAGCUCUUUAUCAAGCAGCAGUGCAGUGAGGCUUUUUGUUCUUUGAUGACACUAAAAAAAAUGAAUAUGGAGGAGUUCAGGUGUCCUGAAUAAGUGAAUAAUAUAACGUUUGGAUAAAUGUGAAACGGAAUAAUAUAAAACCAAAGAAAAAGUUUGAUCAGGGUUGAAACUUACCUCAGCAGACUUUCACAGAAUUAGCUCAAUUUAUUGUAAAAUAAAGAGGUCACGUUAAUAAAGACAUUAAACCAAA